GUCACCUGCCCUUUACUUAAAGCGGUGCCGAGCCAGCGUUUUUCUCACACCUGAGCGCACCUCCACUAGACUACAACCUCCACACGAUCUCUCACAACCUCCCUACAACAUGCCUUUCGACGUGAACAAGUCCACUGGGAAAUGGAAGCAUGGAGAGAAUUCGGACAACUACAAGCAGAUCAUGGAGAAGCUUGGCGUUCCCCCAGAGAUGUGGGACCAGCUGAAGGAUGCAGAAUUCCCCGUCAACUCCUCCCUGUCAGGGAACGUCAUGACAUCUAAGUUGGAGUUCAUGGGCAAAACUAUCGAGAACACCCUCACCCUGGGAGUGGAGGGCGAGGAAACCGACCCCAUGGGCAUGAAAAGGAAGGUGACCUACACCAUGGAAGGAGAGGACCUGGUUUCCGUGUACCAAAACUAUGACGGGAAGGGUCUUACUGUUCACAUGACCCGCCAUUUUGUCGACGACAACACCAUACGUGUGACUUUCAAAGUCGGUGACCUGGAGGGCUGGGCAACGGAAAAGCGGUGCUAGACAUCCGACAGGAUGUUGACCUCCGAUGACCCAGAUUUCACGACGAAAAAGCCGCAAAGAGCUUGUGUUUGAGCAGACGAAUGAGUAGACUUUAGUGAGCUGUUAAAGAUAUGCAUCGAGUGUUGUUGUUACACUCUGUGAAGCUAUAAAAUCAAAUGUUUCU